AUGAGUUCGUCCUAUGGAGACGGUUUAGGGACAGGACUGGGGCGUGCGUCGGAAGACGCACACAUCAUCACCCUUUCAUGUACCUUUUGUGGGAAGGGUUUCUCUGGAAACCGGAGCCACAGCGGCGUUUAUAGCAACUACCGUCGACAUCUUCUCACCCAUACCCAUGAACGUCCGCACAAGUGCCGUUACUGUGGUGCAGGAUUCACGACCAAACCUAACAUGCGACGACAUAUUCGGUUUCUGCAUCCGCUGAUGGUUGAUUCCACAGACAGCUCAAAAGUUGCAGGGGACUCAGCCAUUGUUGUUCCUCUUCAUACCAUGGAGAGUGAAAAAGAGGGUGGUAUUCAGGUGUCUAGUGAGCCACUCAGCACAUCUUUGGUAAAUAGGGAGGACAAUCCACACCCUGAGUCAUUGGAUCUGAAAACGAUGAUACAACCUCCUGGCUUAUCAUCAACCUCGUCAAGUCCACGUCUCGGUCAACCGACUUGGACUGAUCGUAGCUCACAGAGCCUUUUCCCUUCUCAAGGCGAAGCAAAGGUGGAUGGCUGUCAUUAUUGUGGCCGGUGUUUUUCUUGGCUGGCGAUCAGGCUACUUCACGAGCGAAGAUGCUCCCGGCGCAAAGGGCUACCAGCCGCCAAGACUGGAAAUAUGACUGAAAACACUUCCUUUUCAAUACAACUUCCUGCCUCUGGAGAUUCACGAGUUACCAGUAGUAAGGUAGCACACUACCCAAGUUCUAAGGGUAGCAUACCUUCUGACAUCCUUUCUCAAUCCUCACCGAUGGGGACCAACACGAAACAUGUCUUUGUUUGCGAGGAUUGCGAGCUGGAAGUGAGCAGUCGCUCAAAAUUGAGGCGACACCAGCGGUAUUAUUGCCCUUUUCGAGAUGAUGUGCGCGCGGAUCCCCUCACCGACAUCCUCGCUGUUGGUGAUGAUGUCGGUAGGCUUAAUCCUGGUAUGGUAGGAAGUGAUAGCGAGGCGGAGUGCACAUACGCUCACCAACUGGCCGAGCGCGUUGGUCUAAAGUUUGUCAAUAAUGCGAACAUAUCUCCAUCGAGCGAAGACAACAUGUAUAAGAGGAGGUAUGACUCCGGCUCCUUAGAAGAGGUGGGUGAGGAUGAACGGAAGAGGGAAAGUAGUGAUGAUGAGUAUGCGUGGGCGUACGUGAGCAGUAUUGAUGCUACUAGCUCUAUUUCUUUGGAAUGCUCGCUUGAAAGUCGAUCUUCACUCGAAAAGGAUCAGGGAGAUAGUGGGGUUGAAAAGCAAGGAGGUGACAGGGGCCUUUUAGAUGAUCAGUUCCAUCUUGACUUCAAAAGACGACGGAGCGGGAACAAGCGAGCGCGUAGAAUACUUCUCAAGCGGAUCCGUGCGCAGCAGAGGCAGCUGCAAUUAGAUGAUCGGAAUGCUUCACCGGUAAGAGCGAAUCGUCCUCAUUAUUCAACUGACGUAGGUGAGAGUGACUUCAUCCAAGGAGGGACUCCGACUGAAACCUGUGAAUAUCAUCGAAAUAAUUGCCUUACUGCGCCUGACACGUCUACACCGAUGUUUCCUUCUGAUAGUACAUCUUCGAGGGCCUCAAAAAAAGUAAAAAGGCUCGUCGGUUCCAACGGUGGAGAGCUGCUGUGCGAUGGUCGUGAAGAGGUUUACAAAAGCAGAGGUAACGAUGUGAUUCCGACACAAUGGAGUCUUGGGCUUAGGAGUCGUGCGGAGGCGUUAGCGGGAUUUUCCUCGAAGAGGGUAACACACCACUCGUAUGUUUGCCCCUUUGACGGAUGCUUGGGACGGUUCACCAAGCAGAGGUACUGGCACGCGCACGCAGCGAGAUGUCAUCCAGUGGAGUGGCUAAAGUAUCAAAAAAGACUUCAAACUGAAGAAGGUAGAUAA